AUGGGCGCCUACAAGUACCUUGAGGAAAUCCACCGAAAGAAGCAGUCGGACGUGCUCCGAUUCUUGCUCCGAGUCCGAUGCUGGGAGUACCGACAGAAGACCGGUAUCCACCGAGCUUCUCGACCCUCUCGACCCGACAAGGCUCGACGACUGGGUUACAAGGCCAAGCAGGGCUUUGUCAUCUACCGAGUCCGAGUCCGACGAGGAAACCGAAAGCGACCCUCCAAGAAGGGUGCCACCUACGGUAAGCCCACCAACCAGGGUAUCAACCAGCUCAAGCUGCAGCGAUCUCUGCGAGCUGUUGCCGAGGAGCGAGUUGGCCGACGAGCCGGCAACCUGCGAGUUCUCAACUCCUACUGGGUCAACCAGGACUCCACCUACAAGUACUUUGAGGUCAUCCUGGUCGAUCCUUCCCACGUUGUUAUCCGAAACGAUCCUCGAAUCAACUGGAUCUGCAACCCCGUGCACAAGCACCGAGAGUCCCGAGGUCUCACUGCCGCCGGCAAGAAGAACCGAGGUAUCAACAAGGGCCACAAGUACCACAACACCUCUGCCGGUCGACGACACACCUGGAAGCUCCAGAACACUCUGUCUCUCUGGCGGUACCGAUAA